AACAGCUACAACCACCACAGAAGGCACAGCUGGGAAGCUCCCUGAACCUGGGCAUUCCUCUGGUACAGAGACUUCAAGCAAAAAUAUGGAGCCUCAGAGACGGAGUGUGAAGCUGACAGAGCUGUUGUCCUUGGGAAGAUACCACAUUUCUGAGGAGUAUGGCUUUCUCCUUCCAAAUCCUCUGGUGAUGUCUAUCCAGGAUGUUAAGUUCUGUUUCUUGGAUUCAGCAGAAGGAUUUCUCCUAGUUUUGUCUCCGUUCUGUCACUUUGUGUCUAUUUAUUGGGGGAUUGAGACCAUUGGUGCUGAGAAUUAUGUAGACCCAGACAUAUUUUACGCGGUCAUCCGGAUCUUCCUCUCUGGGUGGAAGGACAACCCAGCCAUGCCUGUGGGGCUGGUCUACGAGGGUGUUUCCACAGAGCCUCUGAAGUACUCUGGAGGAAGUGCAGCCCAGAGCUCCGUGCUUCAUGCUUUUGAUGAGUUCCUGGGUAUUCAGCACUGCAAGGAAAGUGUUGGGUUUCUACACAGAAUGAGGGACUACAUGCCGCCUUCCCAUAAGGCCUUCCUGGAGGACCUCCACUCAGCUCCUUCACUGAGAGACUACAUAACAGCCUCGGGUCCUGGGGGCUGCCGGACAGCCUAUAACCAGUGUGUGGAGGCCCUGGUGGAGCUGCGCAGUUACCACAUCAACAUGGUGGCCAGAUACAUUAUCUCCACGGCCACCAAGGCCAGGAGCAGGAUGCUAACUCAGGUCUCACCCCACGCCUUGGAAGACAGGGGCACUGGGGGCACUGCUGUGCUGAGCUUCUUGAAGAGUGUCAGACAGAAGACCAUGGAGGCCAUCCUGUGUCCCGGUGCUUAGCAGCCAUGUCCUGUAUCCAAAUGCUUAGCUAUUCUCAUCCUGCACCCUAGUGCUUAGCAGUCACAUCCUGCAUCCCAGUGCUUGGCAGUCACAUCCU